AAUGUUGAAGAUGUCCUCCAUAUCUGCCCAGGGAGUGGUUGAGCGUGCCUCGGCCGAACUAUCGAAACGCAUCAACGGCCUUGGGCUGCGGUCGAAACACCAUCAUGGCAGCAGUGGCGGUAGCAAAUCCGGCGAGAAAGCGAGCGUAAUGGAGCGCGUCACGAACGUGCUGUGUGGGGGCAGUAGCUCCAGCAACUCCAACAGCAACAAUGCCGGCAACCUUACCAUACAAACCGCAGGCCAGUCACAGUCCGGGGGUGGUGGUGUUGGUGGUGUUGGAGUAGGCGGAGGUAGUGGUCAUGCUCCGGAAAAACCGUCCCGUGUUUCCAACACUUCCGGUGGUGCAAACAGCACCGGAGGUAAGGGUGGUGGAUCGAUGAUGGGCAUGGGUUCGGGGACCGGAGGUGGCAAGUCACAGUCAAACACGCCUCAAUCGUUGAGAAAGAUUGGCCAACACCAUCCGCACGGUAGCGGGCUAAACCACCAUCAUCUCGGUAGUGCGGGAAAGAUGGGACAGGCUCAGCUGGUACUGCCACAGAUCCUGACGAUUGAGCAGCUGCUACAGGACGAACGAUUCUUGGCCCGGUUUUUCCUAUACUUUACGUCAUACGAGCGCUGCACGCUGGCACAGGUGUGUCAGAAGUGGCGUGAUUUGCUGUACAGAAGCCCACGCUACUGGAGCGGACUGGUGCCGGUACUGCAGUGUCGAGAGUUGCGCCAGACUACCAACCAGGAUCGGGUGAAGCUGUACAACUCGCUCAUCCGGCGCAGCUUUCAUGCCGUGUGUUUGAUGGGCGCGACCGAUGAGGAUGCGCUGGAUCUGGUACACUCCUUCCCGCUCGCUUCGAAACACGUCCAUUCGCUGAGCCUGCGUUGUUCCUCCAUCAGUGAUCGGGGUCUCGAGGCGCUGCUUGAUCAUCUACAGUCACUGUUCGAGCUGGAGCUGGCUGGAUGUAAUGAGAUUACCGAGGCUGGACUGUGGGCAUGCCUGACGCCAAGGAUAGUGUCACUUUCGCUGGCGGACUGCAUCAAUGUGGCCGACGAAGCGGUCGGAGCGGUCGCACAACUGUUGCCUUCACUGUACGAAUUUUCGCUGCAGGCCUACCACGUGACAGACGCAGCGUUAGGUUACUUUUCACCGAAGCAAAGCCACAGUCUCAGCAUUCUACGGUUGCAAUCCUGCUGGGAGCUUACCAACCAUGGUGUCGUCAAUAUAGUACACUCUCUGCCACAUUUGACCGUACUGUCGCUGUCGGGCUGCAGCAAGGUGACGGAUGACGGCGUGGAGCUGAUUGCGGAAAAUCUCCAGAAGCUACGAGCGCUCGAUCUGUCCUGGUGCCCACGGAUAACGGAUGCUGCCCUCGAGUACAUUGCCUGUGAUCUGAACCAGCUGGAGGAGCUAACACUCGAUCGCUGCGUUCACAUCACCGACAUCGGUGUCGGGUACAUCUCCACCAUGCUCUCACUGUCCGCCCUGUUCCUGCGCUGGUGCACACAAAUCCGUGACUUCGGACUCCAGCACCUUUGCUCAAUGCGUAACCUGCAGGUGCUGUCGCUGGCCGGCUGUCCCCUGCUCACCUCGUCCGGUCUGUCCAGCCUCAUCCAGCUGCGCCACCUACAGGAACUGGAGCUGACCAACUGUCCCGGCGCGUCACAGGAGCUGUUCGGGUACCUUCGCGAACAUUUGCCCCGCUGUCUGCUGAUCGAAUAAUCCCAUUCCGGUACCUCCAGUGCUCACACGCUCGCU